AUGAGAUUUCAUCCAGUUAUCGUCGUGCCAACCUUGGCCGUUCUGUUCAGCACUGCCCAUGGAUUUGUGACCCCAGCAAGCAGAAUAUCUCACUGCUCUCCUGUUGCUACCACCACCAGUUGGGCUCUCCAAGCGGUCGAUAUGAAAGAACGCGAGGCUUCAUUGGAAAAGCUCGCUGCUGUGGACGAACCUAUUCCAGAAUUCACGGAACUGGUGAAGGAAGAAGAAAACGAAGAAUUCAAAAAGGGAUUUUCCAUCAUCGCCCUGAUUACCUUUUUCAAUGCGUCACUGUCACCUGUCUGGCAUAUGGUCUACGAAGGAAAUGGUCCACCGCCAUUGUUCCUCAAUGCUGUUGUCAGCGUUGUGGCAUUUUUGGGUCUGGUGGCAGGUGGAUCUCUGUUGGACAACUCGGUAGAAUCCAUGUCGGCUUUGAAAGAUAAUCAAGAAGAAAAGUGGAGUGCCAAGAGUUUUCGUGGUGGAAUUGAAUUGGGAUUCUGGAAGGGAUUGGGUACGUCCAUGAUUUACGGAAUGGCCCUCACCACUGCGAACCACGGUGCCUUUCUCUUGCAGCUAACCACAUUGAUUGUACCUGUCCUGCAAGGACUUCGUGGCGCCGAGGAAAUCCCUCGUCAAAUCC